AUGAGGAUCGGGUGCCUUCAGUUUGCGCCCCAGGUAGGCGACGUUGACAACAACCUUAACAGAGCUGAUGCUGUCCUGAGCAAGGCGAACCCUGAGGAACUUGACAUUCUGGUUCUCCCGGAACUGGCUUUCUCUGGUUACAACUUCAAAUCCCUAGAACACAUUUCGCCUUACCUUGAACCUUCCGGCUCUGGCAUUACCUCGCUUUGGGCCCGCACUACCGCCUUGAAAUACAACUGCAUCGUCACCGUCGGCUACCCGGAGAAGGUAGAUGUGUCAGGAAAAUGGCCAACUGGACCGGAGUACUACAACUCGGCUAUUGUCGUCAACGGUGAUGGUGAGACCAUCGCUAAUUACCGCAAGAGCUUUCUCUAUUACACCGACGAGACCUGGGCAUUGGAAGGAAAUGAGGGGUUUCAUGAGGGCUACAUUCCGGGACUUGGACAUACAUCCAUAGGAAUUUGUAAUCCCUACAAGUUUGAGGCGCCAUGGCAUGCCUUCGAAUUCGCCUUCCACAUUCUCGAGUAUCAGUCCAACUUCGUCAUCGUGUCUAUGGCUUGGAUGACGCGCGAAGAUGGACGACUUUUCAGCCGAAUGCCCAAUGAACCGGACAUGGAAACCCUGACGUACUGGGUCACCCGUUUGGAGCCACUCAUUCGCGCCGAGAACGAUGAAGAGAUUAUCGUCGUCUUCUGUAACAGAACAGGCACAGAAGAUGAUGCUGUAUAUGCCGGGACGAGUGCCGUUGUCGGCAUUCAAAGUGGCGAGGUGAAAGUCUACGGUCUUCUCGGUCGAGGCCAAAAGGAGCUCCUUGUCGUGGACACUGACCACACCCCAUAUGGCAAGCUCCUGCAUCGCCCGGAAGGCGAAGACGUUGUCGAAACUCAGAGCGAACCCCGUGAAUCGAGGACUCCUCGUCCACCGUCUGCGCCCCAACCUACUACCUCGGAAUCUUCAAACCGCACAGCAUCC